UCCCGUUUAUUUAAGUAUUUCUUUAGAUAAUUCUCGGUUUGUUGAGCGACACUCAUACCAGUUGCUGCCAGGUGGCCGGUUGCCUUUUACUGUAGCCGUAUUCCGAUUAAGGCAGCUCAGCCAAGCAGGUUCUAUAAUCUUAGCCUGGGCAUAAUUUGUGCAAAAUGGAACUCGACCGAUCACCCAGGUCGAUGCAAAAAAACAAGAGUUUUUUUUACAUCAUGUUGUGUGGGAUGGCGACAGUUUGAAGUAAAUUUUUCUAAGGCACUGUCCCUUAUCUUACUUUUUAUUUAUAGUUUAUCAGGUCUAUGUAGUUUAUGUAUUUAUUUACUAUUGAUUUUUCGGUCUAUAUACGUAUCUCCGUCUAUGAAUAAAUAUUAGAAAAGCAUAAAUAGAGGCAAUUAUGUAUACUUUGAUGUCAUUCUAAAAAGACUCCGCAUAUUACAGUAUCUUAGGUGAAGCUAUAUCUAUUAACUAUGCAUAAUCUGGGGGCAUAUGAUGAACAAUUCGCGAUGUACCUACCUACCCACACAGACGAGUACUAUGAUGCCAGAUAUCAAGAUUAUAAAUAAGUGCCCCACAACACCGGAAAUAAAUAUUCACUUUCUUACAGAGCGUCUACAAUUUCGUCUGGUAAUUGUCUAUGUUUAUCACGUAUUAUACGAGGCGUUGGAAAACCGCCAAAGAUAAAUUAAAAUUGAGAUAUCGAUGAUGUGCCGACAGUUUUAUUGUUUUUACAACUUGUUUAUGUUUCCAAUGGCUAGUGUAUUAACAGGGUGGAGUCAUUUGUUUUGAUAAAAAUUGUUUGGUAGUUAUUGUCACCUAUAGGUCGGUGGUAUGUAACUUUAUAAUAGGUCUGCCUUGGCCGGUCUUAAAACUUAAAAAUAAAUGCGACAAGAAACUUAGCUCUGGGCUCUGGCGAACGGGCUAGGAGCAAAAAGCACGUAGUAAAGCUUCAUUUUCCCGUGGGGAUUCCGCGAUAAAAAGGGUGAAAUCCACGGUGUCAGCUACGUAGUAACAUACCAAAAGAGUAACAAGCAUCCAACCAAACUUUCGCGUAUAUUGUAUUAGUAGGAUAUGCAGUACGUAGAGUCUGUAGAACAACUGAACUAUUCGUGAACAAUCAGUCGUUUCACCACAAUACUGGGAAUCUGAAGUUAUGUCAGCUAUGUAGCCGUACUGACCGAAUCACCACAUUAAAUUGACCCGCGGAUCCCACCGGUUGAGGCCCUUGAUUAACUUAUUCGGUUAGUAAUUUGCGGGGCAGGGGAGGUCAACCGAGUGGUCGGGUUCGAUAUGGGGGCCAUUUCUUUGAAUCGCGUUACGUAUAGUUUGGUGGUGCUGGUAUGUCAGCAGUGUGGUUUCAGCUGUGUGUAGAUUCAGUCGCCGCCGGUAAAGAGUGUGUUUUCUUAUAUUGCUUGUCGAUGCAUCUAAGUUCAGUGCGCGUAGCUUGCGCGGCGCUGCUGACGCUGGCCUUGGGCGCUGCGGCGCCGCCCCCGCACCACGUGGCGCGGCGCUCCUUCUUCAACCUGCAGUGCAAGGGGGUCUAUGACGCCAGCAUCUUCGCGCGUCUCGACCGCAUUUGCGACGACUGCUACAACCUCUUUCGCGAGCCCGAGCUGUAUACUCUUUGCAGGAAAGACUGUUUCACAAGUGACUACUUCAAAGGCUGCGUAGAAGUGCUUCAGGAGACAGAUCAGCUUGACGUAUUCAAGAAAUAUAUCAUAAAGUUACACGGGGCUGACCCGGGGAUUUAGGCGCCAAUGUUUCACCACGCCCUACUUCAAGGGUUGCAUGGAGUCUUUGUACCUUUACGACGAGGAAGAGCAGAUAGACCAGAUGAUCGACUUCGUCGGGAGGCGCUGAGCCCGCGUCGGCGCCCCCUGGCGGCCGCCCCGGAUACUAAGUUCCUCGAAGCCGACUCGUCUGCUAUCUAUCCUCAACAUGUUCUAGUCCAACCCGCGGCAUAACUCAUUUAUGUUUGCAACUAAUUGUAAUUGUAUUAGAUAAUGUGUAUUCAGUGUUUAAGGACAUUUAUUAUGAUUAUGUAUUAUUGAUUAAUGUGUAUAUUUUAUUAGGUGUUCGUAGGAAGCUGCGCGAGACGCGUGUGUUAAGUACAUUAAAUGUUUGGUCAAUGUUUCGCCUCCUAUAAGUAUCGGCUUCGGAGCUGGUGAUUCUCUACCACACGCCUGUUUAGUCGAUUGUCCUAACACUCAUUCUUUGGAAAAUUGUCACUAUUAUUAUGGAGUUUUGACUCGUGGCUGACAGGCGACUGUGAAGGCGGGUGGUUGAGGGUUGCUGGCUCCUGUUCGAUGCUGGUCGUCGCUCCUAUUCUACUUCCGACUGACAUACUGUUUAUAACCAAUCUGUAUUACAUUAUUACUUAUAAUCGUUGACGCAUUCCAAAUUUCAGUAUUUUUAACGCUUUGUAUCUUUUGUUUUAAACUGUACUAACAAUAUCGUAAAUGGAAUAUGUUUUUGCAUAGCGUAAGCUGUAGAAUAGUUUACUCACAAGUGGCUUAUAUUUCUACUUACAAUUGACUGUUUCCAUCAGUUUGUUUAACCGUUCGCCUGAAUAAAUAUUUAUGGGACAAACAAUGUUUAAUUGUUUUUUAACUUCACUUUUACUUUCACUUAAAGUUAUUUUUUAUCUUUUUUUGGUUGUAUCGGGCGAGAGGUUGAAUGUUAUUUAAGUAUUCUAGUUAGUUUUUAGGUAUUUAUAAAAGAAAAUAUUUUUAUUUACUUCCGACCUAAGUAUUUAUUAUUCGUUACUUUUUAAAGUUUAUUUAUUUCACUUUUUGUGAGGGAGAUAAAGCUGUUUUUGUGUUGGGGCGCCACUGGGACCUAGUACUACACAAGAUGGCGCCUGUGACAGAAGCGACUCAGUGUUAUCUCUCAUUGGCCCGUAAUUGCCGCGUGAACAAAAUCCAGUGAUUUCUUACUUUAACAAACUAGUAAUUUUCUAUAAUUUGCGGUGUAUACUUAUUGAAACGAUUUCUUUGGCGACACGGCUCGGCUCUUCUCUAACUGAAUCUCAACUAGCAUAGCUCGCUCCUUCUUCAAAGGGUAUUUUUACAAGUUUCAAACUGUACUUUUAACAUAUAAGAAUUCUUUCUUGUGAAUAUAACUAAUCACAAUUAAUGUUGAUAUAAUGUAAGGAUGCGUUUUGCGGAACUAAACAAUCUGCAGAAUUAUGUUACAAAAAAUGGUGCCAAUUAUAAGUGUCUGUAGACACACGAUUUACAAACUACUAUUAACUUUUAACGGAAAAUGUUUAUAAAAUUAUAGGACCUGUAGUAUAAUUAUUGUAAAGACUAUUAAAUUAUUAUUCUAUUUGUAUACAACAUUAUAUGAAAGCAGCCAAGAAACGCUACGGGUUCAAAUAAAUAUACUUCAUAUGAAAAUCA